UCGAUCCCGCUCUCAGUGAUCAGUGAUCAGACCCCGCAGCCGAUCCCCGCACCAUCCAUCCCCGCAGCAACAUGGCGGAUCCGAGCGCAAAACAAAGCCAGAAAAGUGUGAAGAUAGCUGCAGGAGCGGUGGUGUGUGUGGAGAGUGAGAUUAGAGGAGAUGUUACUAUAGGGCCGAGGACUGUAGUUCACCCUAAAGCUCGGAUUAUUGCAGAAGCCGGACCCAUUAUUAUAGGAGAGGGGAACCUGAUCGAGGAGCAGGCUCUCAUCAUAAACAGCUAUCCUGAAAACAUCAUGCCCGACUCCGAGGGAGUCGAACCCAAGACCAUGACUAUAGGCGUGAACAACGUGUUUGAAGUUGGCUGUGUUUCCCAGGCUCUGAAAAUCGGGGACAACAACGUGAUUGAAUCUAAAGCGGAUGUAGGGAGGAACGUGAUUCUGACGAGCGGGUGUAUAAUCGGGGCGUGCUGUCAGGUGAACACCUGUGAGGUGAUUCCAGAGAACACGGUUAUCUAUGGCUCCGGCUGCAUGCGCCGCGUUCAGACCGAGAGACCGCAGCCUCAGACUCUGCAGUUGGAUUUCCUGAUGAAAAUUUUACCAAACUACCAUCAUCUGAAGAAGACGGUGAAGGGGAACUCCACUCCAGCCAGGAGCUAAACUCACUAUAACACUGUAAUGGUAACAGUGCAACACUAUUAGUGCAACACACACACACACACACACACACACACAGAAGUGUCAGAUGAUUCCUGUUUGAUCUUUGAUUAGUUUUAUUUAAUAUCUCAGUAUUCACUGUAACACAAACACACAGCCCACACUUCACCUCUUCUACUGUUUAUUUACUGAGUUUGCUUUAUUUCACUGCAGUUAAAAUAACAAUAAUUAUAUAAUUCCUCUAUACAUGCACUGUCUCGUAUUUAUUGUUGCUCGUUAUUAAAGCAUUCCCCUCCUGUUUCUCUGA